GACCGCUCUCCGCCGCUCUCCCUGCGCUCCGCCGCGCCCGCGCCGGGGACACCGAGGACCCGGCUCCACCGCGCCGCCGGCCCAGGGGCACUUCGCAGCCCGCCGCCUCCCGCCCGUCCGAGCGCCGCGGCCACCUGCUCACUCCCUCCGAUGGAGCUGGACCACAUGAAGAGCGGCGGCCUCCACGCCUACCCCGGGCCGCGGGGCGGGCCGGCCGCCAAGCCCAACGUGAUCCUGCAGAUCGGUAAGUGCCGCGCCGAGAUGCUGGAGCACGUGCGGAGGACCCACCGGCACCUGCUGACCGAGGUGUCCAAGCAGGUGGAGCGGGAGCUGAAGGGGCUGCACAGGUCGGUGGGUAAGCUGGAGAGCAACCUGGACGGCUACGUGCCCACCGGCGACUCGCAGCGCUGGAAGAAGUCCAUCAAGGCCUGCCUGUGCCGCUGCCAGGAGACCAUCGCCAACCUGGAGCGCUGGGUCAAGCGCGAGAUGCACGUGUGGCGGGAGGUCUUCUACCGGCUGGAGAGGUGGGCCGACCGCCUGGAGUCCAUGGGCGGCAAGUACCCCGUGGGCGGCGAGCCGGCCCGCCACACCGUGUCCGUGGGCGUCGGGGGUCCCGAGAGCUACUGCCACGACGCCGAUGGGUACGACUACACGGUCAGCCCCUACGCCAUCACCCCGCCCCCCGCCGCCGGCGAGCUGCCCGGGCAGGAGCCCGCCGAGGCCCAGCAGUACCCGCCCUGGGCGCCCGGCGAGGACGGGCAGCCCGGGCCCGGCGUGGACACGCAGAUCUUCGAGGACCCGAGGGAGUUCCUCAGCCACCUGGAGGAGUACCUGCGGCAGGUGGGCGGCUCCGAGGAGUACUGGCUGUCCCAAAUCCAGAACCACAUGAACGGGCCGGCCAAGAAGUGGUGGGAGUUCAAGCAGGGCUCCGUGAAGAACUGGGUGGAGUUCAAGAAGGAAUUCCUGCAGUACAGCGAGGGCACGCUGUCCCGCGAGGCCAUCCAGCGCGAGCUGGACCUGCCGCAGAAACAGGGGGAGCCGCUGGACCAGUUCCUGUGGCGCAAGCGGGACCUGUACCAGACGCUGUACGUGGACGCCGAGGAGGAGGAGAUCAUCCAGUACGUGGUGGGCACCCUGCAGCCCAAGCUGAAGCGCUUCCUGCGGCACCCGCUGCCCAAGACCCUGGAGCAGCUCAUCCAGAGGGGCAAGGAGGUGCAGGAUGGCCUGGAGCAGGCCUCCGAGCCCGCCGGCCCCCAGCUGCCCGCCGAGGAGGAGGCCGAGGCCCUCACGCCGGCCCUCACCAGCGAGUCUGUGGCCAGCGACCGGACCCAGCCCGAAUAGAGGGCGGCCCAGGCCGCAGCCCGCCCGCCACCCCCCGCCCGUGGCCUUUGCCAACCAGGACUGUCCGAGCCGGGCCGAGCCCCGUGCGGGGGAGCUCUCGUCCCCCGCCCGCUGGGCACCCCACCUCCGCCUCCCGGCCGGACUCGCACAAACACGCGUCAUCCAGACGUGGACACUCUCCCCCCACCCCCCCC